AUGAGAGAAGCGACGCUACAGAGUGGCUAUGACGGAGCAGCACUCGUCUACGCAAGAAACCAAGCCCUCGCCUUCCAGGGAGAGUCUGACCCCCCUGAACACGCAAGCAUCAUGACCUUCACCACAAAUGGUACCCAGGUCCAUUUCUACGCGCACUACGCAACCCCGACCGAAGACGGCACGCUUGAAUAUCACCAGUUUCCUGUUAAGUCGACGAGUUUGGUCAACUCUCACGGAGAACACAAGGAAGGCCGAAGAGGACUCAGGAACGCCCAGGACCACGCCCGAGAACAGUCGUACGCUCUGAAAGACCAGUUAAAGGAGCACUACAAACAGCAGCGCAGCAGCAGCCUCCAUCCUGUCGCUACAAGAGUGCCGCCCUUGCCUGUACCCGACGUCGAGCCUCUGGUUACAACCCAAACCUACCAGGACGAGGACGACUACGAAGUCGUCGGACCACAGCCUGUCUACCAGCCGACACCCCCUGCAUCGUCCAAGCCCAAGCACAGCAAAUCGCACCACUCGCAUUCGACGCCGCACUCUUCCACCCACAGCAGCGGUGGCAAGCGAAAAGCUUCGUCCUCACAGUCGUCCCACGGGUCUUCCGGACAUGUCAGCAAGCACAGAAGCUACUGGAAGAAGGACGCCAUGAGCGGACGUUACUACCACAAGCAUUCGGAUGGUACCGUCUCUUGGCUUGGCGACGACGAGGACGACGGACGCGACCAAGUACGGUCGUUUGGACAUCGACCAUGA